AUGACUCCCCCAGAAAACCAGCCGAUGACAGGCCCUCGACCUGAUUACUCGACAUGGGAUAGCACCCGCCUUAUUGCCCGGAUUUCAGAGUUAGAACAGCAACUUCAUGACCAGGACAACAGCCAUUCUCGUGGCCGAUUCCAGGCGCCAAACAAUUCCCCAAAUUCCCAUUCUCCGCGCCGACUUAUCCCAUCACGGUCAACUUCCCGUGCAUCAAAGCCAUCACGAGACAUAGACCCGUCGAAAUACAAUACCAGGCUUAUUGCUUUAAAAUUCGCUUACCUAGGCCAACGAUACAAUGGCUAUGAACACGCAAAUGGCAACGUCACACCUUUGCCUACGAUUGAGGAAGAGCUAUGGAAAGCCUUGCGAAAAGCUCGUUUGAUAUUUCCAAAGGUAGCUGACACAGAAAAUGAGGGGGAAAAUGGAUUACAGCGUCCACUUUUCAUUGACUGGGAAGGAUGCGACUACUCGAAGUGCGGGAGGACAGACCGCGGAGUCAGCGCAUUCGGACAAGUCGUAGGGAUUAGAGUACGGAGCUCAAGGCCAAAACAAAAAGACCUGCCGGCAGAUACACUCAAAUCAUCUACCCCAAUUCUGCCAAAAAACCCGGACACCGAGAUAGAAAGCCCACUUGCUGAGCUGGAUCUCGACAUAUCUGAUCUAGACGCAGAACAAGAUAAAUGGGACGACAUAGCAGACGAGCUCCCUUAUAUUCAGAUUUUGAAUGGUGUGCUUCCAGAAGAUAUUCGUGUGCUAGCAUGGUGUCCAAACCCCCCGUCGGAUUUCAGUGCCAGAUUCUCAUGUCGCGAGCGGCGAUAUCGGUACUUCUUUACGCAGCCCGCCUUCUGUCCAACUCCCGGCCCGCUAGGAUUCGUUAAAUCCCCCGGCACUACAUCGACGUCCAAGAUGAGGGAGGGAUGGCUAGAUAUCGAUGCCAUGAAAGAUGGUGCAAGGAGAUUCAUGGGUUCAAAUGAUUUCCGAAAUUUUUGCAAGGUUGAUGCGAGUAAACAAAUCACUAAUUUUGUUCGCAGCAUAUCAUACGCAGAUGUACAGGCUUUGGAUAUCCAAACCCUUCCUCCUGCGUUUUUGGACCAACAGGGGUUUCAGCAGUACACGGACUCUAAACCACAGUCUUCGGCAUCUAGCAGAAGGGAUGGGCCUGUAUUGAAAGUGUACUAUUUUUCUGUCCAUGGAUCAGCAUUCUUAUGGCACCAAGUACGGCAUAUGGCUGCUAUUUUAUUUCUUAUAGGGCAGGGCCUUGAAUCUCCAGCUAUAAUUUCAGAGCUACUCGACGUCAGUAAAAAUCCUCGACGUCCAAUCUAUGAGAUUGCGUCAGAUGCCCCAUUGGUUUUGUGGGAUUGCAUAUUCCCUGGCACCAACGCCGAUGAAACAGAAGACGGACUAAACUGGGUGUACGCAGGAGAUCCUCGUACUGCCAAGUCAGGAAGGGGAGACGGUAAAUUCGGGCAUUCAGGAACAGUAGAUGACGUUUGGUCUGUAUGGAGACAGCGAAAGAUCGAUGAAGUUCUGGCUGCCAGCCUUCUGGAUCUCGUUGUGAGCCAGGGUGACGGAGACUCGAUUGCGAGAGGAGGAUUUAGGCACCCUACUCCAGAUAAAAUCAACCGCCAUCAGAAGAUGUUCUACGGUGGGAAUGAUGGCAAGACGAGUGGAAAAUACAUACCGCUAAUGCAGCGACGACGGAACGAUACGGUUGAGGAUAUAAAUGCAAGGUGGGCAAGCAAGGGGAAGCGGCAAGCCAAACAAGGACAUCAGAAGCUUGAGUUAAGUGCUUCUGGUGAUGGUGUUUGA